CAGAGUUGUCGUUGGGGCCUGACGAGUGCCGAGAGCAGGAACAGGGAGGGAUUCAGAAGCAGAGAAUCUACUUCUGCUUCUUGUGGAAGUGGGAACUCACCGAUGGAAGUGGGAUCAUGUGAUGAAGCCAGGACGUAGUUGAAGUUGUUGGUUGGGGUUUUUCCGCAAGGUUCCACGAUGCUCGCAGGGCGCGGCAGGGUUUUGGCCUUGCUGCGAUUGAGGACUUCAAGAGAUUUAGCAGGUUUGUCUAGAUUUGCAGUCAUUGCGUCGGAAACCGCUCGGGUUGAGGCAGUGCUCGCAUCGAAGCAUCAUGAAAUCUCCACUUGUAGAAGGUGGUUUGGGACCGGCGAAGGUCUGGUAUCUGUGAUCGGAGUUUCGCACCUGACGAAUCAUCGCUCUUCUCCUGCUAGUGAUGUGCUUUGUGGCCUGCAUUCCCACGGGUAUUCCACUGCCGCUGCUGCUGCCGCUGCUGCUAAUUCUUCUUCUUUAAGGGCCUCUACAUCUACCGGCGAAGGAGGCAAGAGAUGGAGGUUUUCUAUGAUUUUCCUGUUCUUGCCAUGUUUGACGACUUUCGGGCUUGGAUCCUGGCAGCUUAUUCGACGGCAAACGAAGAUAGAAACGCUUGAUUACAAGAGAAAAAGGCUAGAAGAGGAACCUGUACCCCUUGGUGAAAUUGUUGGUGCUACCAAAACUGGAGCCACAGUUGACGAUUUGGAAUAUAGAAAGGUGAUAUGUCAAGGUGUUUAUGAUGGCAGUAAGUCUGUCCUUGUUGGUCCUCGAGCGAGGUCGGCCUUUGGAGUGACUCAGAAAGGCUACUACCUUAUCACUCCUCUUAUUGGAGGUCAUGGAGAUAAUAGUGUGCAGGUUCCUGUCCUGGUUAACAGGGGUUGGGUACCCAGUGGCUACAUUGACGAAUCUCCCAAUAAGGCAGCUACUUUUGAGGACACCCCAGAUAUUGAAGUUCCAAACAUUAAAGUAGACCAGGGAUCAUGGUGGAAAUCUUGGUUCAAGACCAGUAAGAACGAGAAGAACGAUGAGGAAUUGCAGUCUUUACCGAAACAUCAAGCAAGGAUGACGAUCUGUGGUGUGAUAAGAAGCAGUGAACAGCCUAAUAUGUUUGUUCCUUCCAACGCUCCAGAGUCUGGACAAUGGUUCUACGUGGAUGUCCCAGCAAUGUCCCGUGCGGUCGGCCUACCUGAAGAUACUAUAUUGCUCGAAGCCGUGCAAGACAGUAGAAACAGCAACUGGAAGGACAAAUAUCCUAUACCAAAGGAUCCUGAAGCUCUUCUUCAUGCUUCAGUCAUGCCGCAAGAUCAUAUAAACUACGCUCUUACAUGGUAUACAUUGUCAGCUGCUACAACUUACAUGGCUGUGAAGCGAGUAAGAAACUCUCGAAGAGGGUUCUGAAGGGCAGCAGUCCUCUAUUUUGUUAGAAACACUUAUGUGGUAUUGUACGCCCCGUCACUCGCCAUUAUAUAGAAGCAAAACGAGCCCUAGAGUGAGUCGGCGCGAAGGUGGACACAUCUGGCACCACUUCUUCGAACUUAAAUGAUGUUUUUAAAGACAGUUGAAAUUGUUACACUCGAGAGAAAGCCAAGGGCGAUAAUUUACGGAACGGAUCAGAAGGAUACAAAACGUUCGGAUAUGUAUGUAUCUACCGCUUUGACUAUGAGCUUCAAACUUCAAAAAUCAUGUAGGAAGGGAAAGUACAUAUCCUAGUCACGUUGUUCCCUUCCAAAUAUUGAUUAAGUCACAGCAGUCACGGAGAUGAUGUGAGUUUUAUCAAGUCAAGUCAGCGUGUCUCCUUAAGGACAAUCAAGGAAUGUUUUUCCAGAUAUAUCUUGUAUUUCUGGGUAUUAGAUUCAGAUAAGAUGUAGUGUGGAGUAUUGUUGUCUUUAGGUACAUCUUGUAGAUAUGCGUUAUUCUGAGCCUCCAUGAUCCUAAGCUAGAGUAACAGAAAAUCUUUCGAGCAAUUGUGAGAAACUGAUGUUGUCCAAGAUGUGACUCUCGUUGAAUAUCAGAUUUAUCACAGAAUCCAGAUAGGUAUGGACUGGACAACGGCCAAAUUCUUGAAACAGCAAAUGUUAGAGGAGAAGGUCAGAUUGAGCUCGCAGGUUCUCCGAGGAUCGAUACCCUAUCAAGGUUUGGAAAGAUGCACAGGAGAUUCUCAAACUCAGUAAUAGCAGGAACAAAAAUGUCAAUCAUAUUGGUAGACUCGUCACAGUGGUGACGAGUUUGACUAUUGUUUGACAAUUGCUCAACUUUGUGCACAUGAUAGGAACAGAUUGGAGACUAGCGAAAUUCUUGAAACAGUAAGUGUUAUAGGAGAAGUCUGUUUGGUCUCGCGGGUUCUCUGAGGAAAUUUAUCAUGCGGAGGUAAUUGUCUCAUCUGAAUUAAUUUCAGAAACAGUCAUCCUGCUACAGGUUGAUGACAAGUUGUUAUUGAAAUCAUCAACCUUCACUUCUGAGUUGAUUGUGAAACAUUAGUAAUUUUA